AUGGUAAACUCCGGCGCAGAGGAAUUCCCGGCGGCGGAGAACCGCCGUGGAUCGCUGUUCGGAAAGUACGAGGUUGGAAAAUUGGUCGGAUGCGGAGCUUUCGCGAAGGUGUACCAUGGGAGGGACACGCGUACGAAUCAGAGCGUUGCGAUAAAAGUCGUGAGCAAGCAACGGUUACACAAAAGUGGUCUGGACGACAAUAUCAAGAGAGAGAUUGCUAUCAUGCACCGGCUGCGUCACCCUUUUAUCGUGCGCCUCAUCGAAGUCCUCGCCACCAAAUCAAAGAUCUUCUUCGUCAUGGAGUUCGCUAAAGGAGGAGAGCUUUUCGCAAAAGUCUCCAAAGGAAGAUUCUGCGAAGAUCUCAGCCGUCGAUAUUUUCAGCAGCUGAUCUCAGCCGUUGGAUACUGUCACUCACGCGGCGUUUUUCACCGUGAUCUUAAACCGGAGAAUCUCCUCCUCGACGAGAAGCUUGAUUUGAAAAUCUCUGAUUUCGGACUCAGUGCUCUAACCGAUCAGAUCCGACCCGACGGUCUUCUUCACACCCUCUGUGGUACUCCGGCUUACGUGGCGCCGGAGGUUUUAGCGAAGAAAGGCUACGACGGUGCUAAAAUCGAUGUUUGGUCAUGUGGAAUCAUACUGUUUGUUCUCAACGCCGGUUAUCUCCCUUUUAAUGACCAUAACCUCAUGGUCAUGUACCGGAAGAUCUACAAAGGGGAGUUUCGGAUCCCUAAGUGGACCUCGCCGGAGCUCCGGCAACUUUUGACUCGGCUUCUCGACACGAAUCCGCAGUCGAGGAUCACAAUCGAAGAGAUUAUUCACGAUCCGUGGUUUAGACAGGGCUACGACGACAAGAUGUCCAAAUUCCACCUCGAGGACUCCGACAUGAAACUUCCGGCGAACGAAAUCGACGGCGAGAUGGGAGCCAGGAGGAUGAACGCGUUCGACAUCAUAUCGGGAUCUCCAGGGUUCAAUCUCUCCGGUCUGUUCGGCGACGCGAGAAAAUACGACCGAGUGGAGAGGUUCGUGUCGGCGUGGACGGCGGAGAGAGUGGUGGAGAAGCUGGAGGAGAUUGUAGCGGCGGAGAAUCUGACGGUGGCGAAGAAGGAAGAGUGGGGGAUGAAAAUAGAAGGGCAAAAAGGUAAUUUUGCAAUGGUGGUUGAGAUAAACCAGCUAACCGACGAGCUGGUUGUGAUCGAGGUUCGGAAACGACAGCGAGCCGGUGCAUCUGGACGAGAUAUAUGGUUACAUACAGUGAGGCCUUUCCUUAUGGAGAUUGUGGACAAACCGGAGGAGACCGUGGCCGGUUUAUUAACGGACCAGAACCAAGAAGAAGGUGCUUCUUCUUUGCGUGACGUAAAUACGACGUCGUAG